CACGUACUAACCUGUACGUGGCAGAACCUCCCACUUGACAAGAUGGCGUCUGAACUAGAACUACUGAAGUCCAACAGGGAGGAGCUUGUGGGAAAGAUUCGGUUCGUUAAACCGUUCCUAGACAGGCUGCUCCAGCACGGUGAGAUAGUUCAGGAGGAGUACGACACUGUUGUGGUGGAGAAGACGCCACAGGACCAGGCUAGAGCUUUGCUGGAUGUGGUGGCGGCGAAGGGCCGAGGGGCUUUCCGCCAUUUUCGAGAACACCUGAAGAAAGUCAACCCAGAACUUGAGGAAGUGUUGCACAGGUGUGCAAAACACAACCUGCGCCUGAAGUUAUACUGUGAGGAAUGUGGGACGAUGCUGUGCCGCCCUUGUCGCUCGGAAGACCACAUAGAUCACAGAUGCACAUCUCUAGUGGCAGAUGGAGAAGCCAUCCGCCGCGAGUUCACAGCCUUCAAGAGAGAAAACCGAAAGAUCCUCAUUGAGCAGAAAAAAGAGGCUGAGGGUAAUGAUGUCGAAAACAUGCAAAGGGAAGCAAACGAGAGAGCGGAGGCUCUCAAAGAGAAGCUUUGUACAAAGAUAGAGGAGGAACGUCGCUGGUUUCUCAAGCAACUCGGCGACGACAGCGUCACACUAAGCCCUGCACUAAGUGUUUCAAGUAUUGCUGAUUCGGGAAGCGUGGCGGGAUCAGAGACAAACGACAUCUCAGAAUGCGGUGACCCAUCAACCACUCCUCUUUCAUUUUCUUCAGCUGCAAAGGAAAACAAACAGCUGAACGAUGAUGAUGAUGAUGGGGCAUGUGUUACAGAAGACCAGACAACUCUGUGUGAUGAUUUGCAGGCCGUUCAACUUGACGUAGACGAGAGCUUGGAUCUGUUGGAAGACAUUUCCUUGCCAUUUGACGAUAACACAAGAAACGCAGUGAUUGGCCUACAGGCACCAUCGCAGUUUCCUACAAUAGACUUCCUCUUCUCAUUUGGAGGAUUUGGAGCAGGAGAAGGGCAAUUCAACUUCCCCAAAGGUCUGACAAUCUGCCACCAAGAAAGAAUCAUUGUAGCUGACUCAGCAAAUAAUCGGGUUCAGCUAUUCGACAUUAAUGGGAAAUGGCAGAGUGUGAUACCAGCAAGUGAACGUGGGAUGAUGUCUCCAAGCUGUGUGACGCUUCGCUCUUUGCCUUUCUAUCCGCGUGGAGACAUAAUUGUCAGUUGCCCUGGUAGGGGAGAAGUGCGUAAGUUACCUCUAAACUCAAAGAAGUCUUAUAUAAAACUACGGGUGGCAGAGUGCUGGGGUGUGGCUGCUUUGGACAGAGGUCAAACAAUGUUGGUGUCUGAAUGUGAGCAUAACACUGUUUCUGCAUACAAAAGGUCAACGAAUGAUAAUACUGGACCUGGACGGAUAAGGUACAUAAAGACUAACACGUUUGAGAGACCAUUUCAUAUGCCCCGGAACAUCAACACAGAUGGGUUUGCGAACGUCUACGUUUCUGACAUUGGCGAUGGCACAGUCAAAGUCCUGGACACGGAAGGACACUUGAAAGUCAUCAUUGGCAAGGAAAUUCUCCGGUAUCCUACUGGAGUUUGCGUUGACAAAUUGGGAAAUACAAUCGUUGCGGAUGCCGAGAGAAACACAUUGGAAAUCUUUGCAAGUGAAGGGCAUCAUUUGAACACCCUUAUUUCUGAGGGUCUAAAGAGCCCACAGGAGAUUGCUCUGACACCAGACGGGACUAAGCUGGUCCUUGUGGAUGGCGGAAACCAUCGUGUAAUGGUCUACAGGUACAACCAAGCUCAAGACAAAGAUGUUCUCUCAAACAAGCACAUAAGGGACUAACAAACAAGACAACAAAGUACUCAGACACUAACCUUUCCUCGCGGUUGGACAUUAUUGGAAGAAGGAGAAGUGUUUUUUUGUGAUACAGAUAGAGCUGUAAUUAUCUGAAACUUGUCGGAAGAGAAAUUAAACAUAGGUGCAACAUAAUUUUAUUUAACAUUCAUAAGGCAAUGCUUAAAAUAGUACAUAACACAUAUUAUAGUCAGUUGAAAUAUGACCAAAGUAAGAGUAAAGAUACAUUUGCAUUUUGCUGAACAGUGCAGUAACAAAUACUAACAUAACCUUAGAAUGAGUGGCCUCAAGCUGGAAAUCUUACAUGUAGUUUCCUUACUAUUAGCAUGGCAGUGUGUUCUUCACUUUUUUACAUACUUUCAGUCAGUUACUAUUGCAUUUCUGACAUCCAUAAAAAAACAGUGCAUGUAAAAAAGCUGUUAUUCUUUUCCUCACAACGUCAUUACUUUAAAGACAGUUGUUACAACACUAUGCCUUUUUGUACAAAGUGGUGUCCAUUUUUCCUUGCCAGUUUUGAUGUGUACAAAGAUCUGGACAAUUCCAUACACAGUGAUGAAUGAAAAAUUUAACUUGUGUACAACACUACAAGUUAGAAAGGCCAUGACAUGGUA